CAAAUAAAUUCCAGAUUGAGAUACAAUACAUCCACCAGCGCAAUGACCACCAUUCAUCAUCCCCUCUCAAGCCUAGGGCCACUCCACCCGCCUCAAGCCCCGACGACCACCCACCAAGCAUCGCUGGCCCAGCGCAUCCGCAUCGUCGUCCACGAUCCGCACGACCACGAAGCCCCAGCCAUCCUACACCAACCACGCAAUUACAAUGCACGAGAAGUGCACGGCGCCGCGGUCAUCCUGAUCAGCGGUGCCGGAGGCGGAGUCAGCGGCCCAUCAGGCAUCUAUCCCUCCCUAGCCGACAAGCUCACCACGCUUCUCUCCAUCCCGGUCAUCCGCCUAGACUACCGCGAGCCCGCGCGCACUCAAUACUGCACGGCCGACGUGAUCGCAGCCAUGGACUACCUCGGCCAGCAGUACCAGUCCAGGCGGUUCGUGGUCGUCGGCUGGUCAUUCGGCGGCAGUCCGUGUUUCACUGUGGCGGCGAAGGAGCCCGAGCGGGUGGUGGGUAUCGCCACCGUCGCCUCACAGACCGCGCUGACCUCGGGGAUCGCGAAGCUGAGUCCGCGGCCUUUGUUGCUUCUGCAUGGGACGGGCGAUACGGUUCUCUCGUCGCGGUGUUCGGAGGUGCUCUAUGGGCAGUAUGGGACUGAGGGGGUGCGAGAGCUGAAGACGUUUCCCGGCGAUGAUCAUGGGCUCAGUCAGAACGCGGAGGAGGCUGAGCGGUUGAUCCUCCUGUUUGCAGGACGGACAUUGGGGUUUGAGAAUAGGUUGGAAAUGGUCAGCCAGGAUGGACGGCGUCAAAGCUGGGCUGGAGGAUGGGAAGAGAGAUUACAGGCCAUGAAAGAGGGUCGGGACUUGGAGAACGGCGAGGCGGUGAAUUAUUAGAUGGCCACUAUGGAUGGCUUCGUGGAGAGAUGGACCAUGCGAGUCCUUGUGACUCUUUGUUUGAUAUGCGUGUCUUUCAUGGGAUUGAUGGUGGAAUACAUCCUCUCUGUGCACUCCUGGUUUCCUGCAUAGUUGAGCAAAUAGGAGAUGUCUCU